AUGGAGUCGGAAGAGAGUAGAGAUUAUUUACUCUGUUUUGAUUUUACAACAAAGAGAUUUGGUGAGCCUUUGAAACUGCCGUUUAACUCUGAAGGUGAUGGUGAAGACAAUGUGGCUUUGACUUGCGUUAGAGAUGAGAAGCUCGCUGUGUUAUAUCGGAGCUACAAGUCGAUUGAUAUUUGGAUUUCUACUAAGAUCCAGCCCAAUGUAGUGUUGUGGAGUAAGUUUGUGGGAAUGGAUUUGGUGAUGCUUACGGAUGGCUUUAGAGCUGGGUGCUUCUUCAUUGACGAGGAGAAGCAAGUCGCUGUAGUUUUUGAUCGAAGGCUCAACUACUCAAAAGCUUGUAUCAUUGGAAAGGAUGGAUACUUUAAAGACUCUGUGAAUGUUGGAGUUGCUCUGCCUCGAUACUUCACUUCUUAUGUUCCAAGCUUAGUCUCACUGAAACACAACAAGCCGAGCAAAAGGAAACAAAGAGAUAAUUAG